ACCAGGAAGUGAGAACAGAGGAUGAGUCAAGCCCAGGCUGUGGUGUAAAGGAGACGGGGCAUUUGGUUUCCCCAAUUUCCUCCUUUCCUCGACCCUAGGUCAGGGGUCCGUUCGCAACUAGGACGCGGGAUCUCCAUUUGGCGUUUUGAAGGUGGAAGGAGGUGUGUCUACAUAAGGAAGCGGUUGAGAAUCUGUCCAGAACGCCUUCUCCAUUUCGCCGAGAGGCGGGUCUUCUAGCCUGAGGCUGGAGGAAACACCUGGAGAUGUGGAAUCCCAAUGCCGGGCAGCCAGGACCAAAUCCAUAUCCUCCUAACGUGGGGUACCCUGAAGGUUCCAAUCCUGCCCAUCCACCACCACCUGUCAAUCCUGCCUAUCCUCCAGGCCCCUUUCCAACUCCCCCAGGAGUUCCUCAGGGGAAUCCAGCUUUCCCUCCAGGUGGGCCCCUUAAUCCUGUGCUUCAGCCAGGGUAUCCAGGAUGCCAACCCCUAGGUCCCUACCCACCUCCCUACCCGCCACCUGCUCCUGGCUUGCCUCUUGUGAAUCCCGUGGCACCCGGCAUGGUGGGACCAGGAAUGGUGAUGGACAAGAAGAUGCGGAAGAAAAUGAAGAAAGCUCAUAAAAAGAUGCACAAACACCACAAGCAUGGCAAGCAUUCCUCCUCCUCCUCCUCCUCUUCCAGCAGUGACUCUGACUGAAUACAGGGCCUGGACCCUUCCCUCAAGCCUCUCCAGUUCUGCUCUCCCAUCAAGCUUCAGAUGCCAUCUUGUACUGGGGAAAAUUAGCCCUUGUGCCCCUUCUUCCUCAUCCCCCAAUCUGAGCCUUACUCUGCUGUUCAGCCCUAACUAGCGAGGGAAAAUGGGAAAAGAAUUACUAUGGACCAGCAAAGACCAUCUUCUCACUACUUGGAUAGAACUUUUAGCUGACGAGUUUAGCAGGAGAACUGUUUUUUGAGGAUGGUGAGACCUUGGAGCUAAAUGCUGAAGAUGAGUUUAAGAUCUGUAAAAUGUGAUUUUUUUUAAAACUUUAUUUUGUAAUACUUGCAGUUGGGAGGUGUUGUGGAAAUUUAAUUAUGGAAAAAAAGAAACUGUGCCAUUUUUGUAAUGUGUCUGGCACACUUUGAUGAUGUAAUGGCACAUAGAUUUCCCAGCAGCCUUUAUUGGUGGUAUGAACUGUAAGGCUGCCAGGAGGUGGAGUCCAUUUGGUAGAUAAGCUCUGCUUGCCAUUGGAAUCUCACUCCUUAGCUUAGUAGGCUGGCUUAGGUCCUUCUCAUUCUCCACCUCUCAGUCCAAAUAAAGCUUUUUUUUUCCUGGU